CCCCUUCUCUUAUUUUUUCAUCUCAAUUCAUCAAAAUGGGACCAAAAUUAAUGAGCUCAAUUGCUUCUCUCUUCCUCCUUGGAGCUCUCCUUCAAGUCGUCUCUGCCGUCGACCACGACGUCGGAGGCGAUUUUGGUUGGAACCUACCUCCAAACACCACCUUCUUUUCUGAUUGGGCUAGUAACAAAGCUUUCUCCGUCGGUGACAAACUUGUGUUCCGAUCGAAAGCCAACGAGAUGCACGAUGUCGCGGAGCCGAAUUCUGAAGUGGACUUGGAUGGAUGUGUGAAGCCGGGGAUAGUUUUCAGUACAUCAGCUGUGUUUUCAGUGGCUCUUGAUCGUCCUGGUCGUCGUUACUUCAUUUGUACUAUUGGGAACCAUUGCAACGCCGGCAUGAAAUUUGAUAUCGACGUUUUGGCACAGCCUGGAGCGCCAAACUCCCCCUUGGUGCCGCCACCGCCUCCUAGCUCGGCUUCGUCCUUGAGAUUUGGUGCAUUAUUGGCAGCUUUCUCUGGACUUCUCUUAACCAUCGUAGCUUAAUUAUUGUAUUAUUUACUUCAAGAUCAUGCUUUUGAGCUAGCAGUGUUUCAUUAAUAUUAAUAAUAAGUGAUCAAAAUGGGUGCAUAUUCAUCC